AUGUCUUUCCUAUAUAGAUGGAUCAGCCCUCUAUGUGAUGCCUUCUUCUGCCCCUCCCUCCCUUUCACAAUCCGCUGGCGCCUCGUCGCGUUCCAACCUCUAGUCUUCCUCACAAACACGAUCCAAUACUUCCAGGGAUCAACUCUGUUCUCAAAGAAUCGGGAGACUGUUAUAUGGAUCCCGUUAAAGCGAUCUCCUGGCCACUCAGUCCGUGCAAUCGUUUACCACCCAACAGGACAAACAUCUCAAUCAGAGGGAAGACCUCUCCAUCUCAACAUCCAUGGUGGUGGUUUUCUCGGUGGUCUACCAGAAGGCAACGCACCAUUCUGUCGUAAAAUCUCGGCGGAGACUGGGGCGGUGGUGGUCUCGACUUCGUAUCGAUAUGCUCCACGCUAUACAUUCCCGGUCGCUCAUGAGGAUGUCCAAGAUGUGGCAGAUUGGUUAAUCGAGAAUUCCGAGAAACUCUGGGAUGCAGAUCCGACUUUGAUGAGUGUUAGUGGGUUCUCAGUUGGGGGUAAUCUUGUAUUGGGGAUUGCGCAACGAUUGUGUCCUUCGGAGUAUAGGGUUAAAGCAGCUGUGCUGUUUUAUACACCGGUUGAUUUUCGUCUACCCCCAUGGGAUAAACCAAAGCCAGCAGGGUUUCCGGAAAAGGACCCCUUGUCAUGGAUAUUGCCACUAAUGGAUGCAUAUGCCGGCCCGGAAAGGGCCAAGUACAUCAAAAACCCCUUACUACAUCCUAUACUCGCGGAUAUCGAGACUCUCCCACGAAACAUGUCUAUCGUUGGAGGCAAGGUCGACAUUCUACUCCAUGAGCAGACAGUCUUUGCCAAAAGGUUGGAAGAGGAGGCUGAGGCUAUCAAUCAGGGAGCCAAGUCUUCGAUCAACUCCAAGGGAGAGACAGUGGAUGAUUUGUACCACAUUGAGAGCGAAUUCUUUGACAAUCAGAUACAUGGAUGGCUUGAACUUCCAUCGAUGUUCAUUGACGCCAAAUUGCGAGAUAGGAUCUUUGAUGAUGCCAUACAUUUCCUGAAUAAUGUCUACAAUACUCGUAAAUAA